CUCUUAGAUCAUGAUAAGAAGCGGGAGGCAAACUUGUUUGUCUUUCUCAGCAGAGUUUUUGGCAGGGGAGGACAUCAAUCUCUGGUUUAAUAAAUGGAGAUGACAAAGGAUGAAUUCAAGGAGGUGGACUGGAACCAGAUUUACGAGGAUGAGACCCCACCUGCACUGGACUUGGAGACGGCACUGGAGGAAUGUAACCUCGCCCUCCAUCUGUUUCUGAACAACAGGUUCGCCGAUGCUUUGGCUUCAUUAGAACCUCGGAAGAGUCAAAGCAUGUAUCAUGCUAUGGGCUACAGCAGUAUCUUACUGAUGCAGGCUGCUAUGACCUUUGACCCCAAGGACAUGGACGUUGCCAUGACAUCGAUGAAGGAGGCUCUGCACACCUGUCAGAGAUUUCGGAGGAAAACUGGAAUAAUGGAGAGCUUGGCCAAUUUUUGGCAUGGACAACCUGAGGACAAUUUGACAGAGGAGGAGAUGCACGCUGAGCUAUGCUACGCUGAGGUCCUGAUGCAGAAGGCGGGGCUCACUUUCCUGGAUGAAAGCAUAAUCAGUUUCAUCAAAGGAGGGAUGGGAAUGAGGAACAGUUAUCUGAUUUACAAGAAUUGUCAGGACAUGGAAAAUGCUAUGGAAGCGGCAGAAAAAGAGAAGAGCACACACAUUCAUUUUCGAGGCGGUGUAAACAUGGGCAUUGGAUCAUUCAACCUGAUACUGUCCAUGCUACCAUCCAGAGUCCUCAGACUCAUGGAGUUUCUGGGCUUCUCUGGAGACAGGGAGCUGGGUUUGGCGCAGCUGAGAGAAGGGGCGGCAAGCAACAGCCUGCGUUCCAUCCUCAGCACCUUGACUCUGCUCAUGUUUCACCUCUAUAUGAGUGUGAUUCUUGGUACUGGUGAAGGAAACCUUCCUGAGGCUGAGGCUCUGCUUAAACCGUAUGCUGAGAAGUUUCCAAAUGGAGCCCUGAUGCUCUUCUACACCGCCAGAAUCGCCGUGCUUAAAGGGAACUUCACAUUCGCUCAGGAGAAGUUCCUGGCAUGCAUAGCAACGCAGGAAGAGUGGCGUCAGAUUCACCACCUGUGCUACUGGGAGCUGAUGUGGGCAUACUCUUUUGAACAAAACUGGGUCGAGGCGUAUCGAUACGCCGACCUGCUCUGCAAGGAGAACAAGUGGUCCAAGGCCACAUAUGUGUUUCAGAAAGCAGCUAUCUUAAGCAUGCUUCCAGAGGAAGAAGUGGACAAGCUGGGAGAAAAUGUAGUGGAACUGUUCAGGCAGGUGGAAGGGCUCAGAUUAAGAAUCGCAGGAAAAUCGAUUCCCACCGAGAAGUUCGCCGCAAAGAAGGCCCAGAGAUACUCCUCCCCGACCCCUCUGAAGCUUGUGGUCCCUGCUUUGGAAAUGAUGUAUGUGUGGAACGGCUUCACAGUAGUCGGGAAAAGGCCAGAGCUGACCGAGAACAUCUUGUCGACACUGGAGAAAGCAGAAGAGAAUCUCAGGAACGAUUCAGCGCCGACAGAUUACCACAUGGAUGACCUGUGUGUGGUGCAGCUGCUGAAGGGGCUGUGUUUAACGCAGCUGGGACGCCUGGUUCAGGCUGAGAUCUGCUUCAAUUUCGUCAUCUCCAGUGAGAAGGAAAUAAAGCACGAAACCUAUCUGGUACCAUUUACCAUGUAUGAGCUGGGUUUGCUGCACAAGCUGAAAGGUGACAUUAAUAAGGCCAUCACAGUCAUUGAAAAUGCAAAGAACAACUACAGGGACUACAGCAUGGAGUCCAGGCUGCACUUCCGCAUCCAUGCGACCCUCAACACCAUGGGCUCGUUCGAAGCCAAACUUCCUCCUUCACGUACGCCGGCUUGAAAGAUUGGAAGAUGGGCAGAGCUCAUACCUAAAACUGUACUCCAAAUCAUCUCCAAGUCAACUCUGAAUCCACACCCACUUAUUUUAGAGUUGCACCUCUGUGUUAUUUACAAAUAUUUGGAUGUAAAAAUGUCACUGAGUAAUGCUGAUGUAUAAUAUCUACAAUAUAAACAGCAUGAACUUCAAAUAGAAACAGAUAGUUCAAAUUUUUAUCAUUUUGGUUUUAAUUUUUGCAAAUUAAAAUUAAAUUCUGACUUCUUUAAGGAAGUAAACACCAAUGUAUUUAUAUAAGACACCAAAUUUGUUUUUAGGUUAUACACCAGGAGCUUAAAAAUCACAAUCUGUGAAUAAAUGUGGAGCUAUUGAUAAACAGAAUGAAGCUUUUCAUCUCUAAAGAGCUUUAUCUCUUUGCCUUUCUUCCUCAGCAGACUCCUGUCUUGUUGUCUCCUGUAGCUCUGACCAAAGCCAGACUAAUUUAAAUAUUAAACA